AUGCCGUCGCCGAAGAAGCCCUCCGUCCCGCCAGCUGCAAAGCCCCGCUUCGGUAACAACUUCGAUCCCUACAACUCCAGUGCCACUGGCCAUCAGCGUCCGGACAACACCCCGGGUGCGACAACGGGGUGGCGAACCAGCCGCGCCCGCAAGCUCUCGGAGCAGUUCGCCGGCGGCAACUCGGGCGGGGCCCGCAUGAGCGACACCUAUGGCGCCGGCAGCGAGGACUUUGACGAGAGGCUAAAUCUGGUCGUACCUAAGGAUGUGAAGAUGAGGGCAAAGAUGAGCGUGGCAGACAUGCUUGCUCGACCAGGACUGAUGAGGAGCGGCUCUUCUGUCUCCGAAACAGGGUCCGUGGCGUCUGGUACGUCCGCCAUGAGUGGAAACCUCAAGAGUGAGGAGGAGAUUGCCGAGGCUCGCCGGAAGGAGGACGAGGAGAAGGAGGCGAGGAAGGCUGUCGGUAGGGGCUUGUUCGAGGGCGUUACGGUCUAUAUCAACGGGAGCACGCAUCCCAUCAUCUCAGAUCACCGGCUCAAGCGCGUCUUGGUCGAGAAUGGCGCGCGAAUGUCCAUUCAUCUCGGCCGGAGACAGGUCACGCAUGUCAUUGUUGGGAGGCCGGCGGGUGUAGGAGCCGGGGCUGGUGGAGGGCUCGCAGGCGGCAAGUUGGACAAGGAGAUUCGUAAAGUUGGCGGGUGUGCUGUGAAGUAUGUCGGCGUCGAGUGGGUUAUGGAGAGCCUAAAGGCAGGGAGCCGACUGCCCGAGGUGCGGUUUGCACCCCUCAAAGUUGCGCGGGAAGGCCAAAGGAGCGUCUAUGGCAUGUAUGAGAAGCACUCUUAUAGGGAGUCCUCUACGAGUUCCGCGAAUUGA